AUGAAGGCCACACUUGUCACGGCCCUUGUCGGCGCCACCGCGGUCAACGCCACUUCGUUCCGCCAUGCCGCCACAGAACAGCACCUCCGACCAGAGUCUCAGGUGUUCGACCGCUCUCUCCACCGCGCAAACCCCGCUGCGGCCACGGCGUCCAACAGCCGCGUGUUUGGCACCAACGUCUUGUCCACGGCUGCGGCCGCAAAGCCGCCCGUGGUCGGUGGCGCAUACCUCUCUUCCUCCGACAUCACGUCGGUCAAGGGCCGCUUCACGGUCCCCAACGCGACGCAGCCAACCAGGGGCGCCAUCGCCGGCCAGGACAUCGAAUACGGCGCAUCCUUCUGGGUCGGCAUCGACGGCGUCAACUGCACGACGGGGACGCUCCGCGCCGGCAUCGACAUCUUUUGGAGCUCCCGGGGCGACAGCUACCACGCCUGGUACCAGGUGUCGGCCGACUCGUCCAAGGACUUCCUCUCGGGCGAGAUCGACGUCGCGCCCGGCGACGAGCUGCGCAUCACCGCCACGGCGACGGGCGGCAACGGGACCCUGGUGGUGAACAACCGCUCGACCAACCAGACGGUGGAGCGGCACCUCGCCCCGGGCGAAAAGCUGUGCCGCAGCGAGGCGGCCUGGUUGAUCGAGGACUUUGUGCUCGUCCAGGCCGUCGGCGCGCCGAUUGCGUUGGUCAACUUCACCGAGGUGGCGUUUGACGACAUGAAGACUACCAUGCAGUGCGGCAGCUCAGGGCGCGCGGAGCCGGUCGACUUGGACCAGGUCAAGGUUAUGGACGUUGAGGUGGAGGAGCAGGGUGGGAAGCUGACAGAUUGUCAAAUGACUGGGGAUGAUCAGAUGACGUGUAAGAGGUUUGCGUAG